AUCUAUAGAUACAUCAAUAAAUGAAACGCAUAAUGGUUCUUGCUCAACCAUGCAACAAGCAACUCUAUCUCUUGCUAACCUAACUACUCUUUCCACUCCACGAGACAUGCCAGACGCAUCUGCCCCAUAUAUGCCUCUCCUCAUUCAAGGCCUCUCCAACAUCAAUUUUGCAGAUGCAAGCUUUUUUGAUAUUGACCAGUAUUUUGAAGCCAAGAGUGGUGAAAAAGCCGCCGUGUCGAAAUACUUUCAAAAAGAAGCUCAGCUUAUUAGUAAAAUGCACGAUGUACUUAAAGAAGGCUGGCAGCUCAUCUAUACUCUUUAUUCUUUUCGAAGUUGUGGUCGUGCCAUUCCUCCCGUUCAAGCUCAUAACCAAGAUAGCAAAGAAUAUCUUUAUCGCUGCACCUAUGAAAUUCUUCGUCCAGAAAUCGGUCGCAUGAUUCAACUCAUGUCAUUUCGUGAUAAAUUCAUUAUUGUUUUUACCGAGGCUUUAGCAAGUAUCAUACCUGAUAUUCGCGAUCGAGAAUUUUUCCCAUCGGAGGCCUAUUUACUCAUGGUGGCCCAUGUACUUGAUAUGGUCGUUAGUCUUGAUAGCAUGAAAAACAUGAAAGGAUCCAUGAAUAACGAUUUAUCCAUGUAUAAACGGGCCAUAUCAAAUUUCCCAAAAGAACAAUCCGAGUCAGAACUCAUGUUGCUUCCAAAACUUGCCUUUUUUGUUGCUCAGCAAGACCAAUUUGCAACUGAUGUCAAAAAAGCUUUGGCUACCAUGAGCAACACAUACGAAGAUAUUUUUCAUGAUAUGAUCAAUAUAUGUGUAGAUCACGUUGAUAGUCAGCACUAUCUAACUCCUCUAACCAAACAUGUGUAUCUAAGGGCAAUGGCAUUUGCCGUGUCAUUAUUGGACGGGGACACAGAUGAUCGCGAUUUUACAAAAAGAAAGCGGUUUAAGAUUGACAAGCUUGGAAAACUAUUCAAGGCUACGCCAUAUGUUACUCUAUUUGGAGAUAUUGUCACAUCAUUGCCGUCUAUAUAUGCCAAAGCACCUCAUCUGACCAAUGCAAAGUGGGAAUCGCCUGAAGCAGAUGAAGCAGGAAAUAUAGCGCUUUUUAAGGCAUACCGCCUAUCCACUGGUUUACAAGAAAAUCGAAAUCAGUACAAGGAAAUUUUAGCCCGUGCUAAAGUUGCUUUGGUCAACGCACAAUUGUGUAAGCAACACAAAGCUGGCCAUAUUUCGGCUGAUUUGGCCAAGUCAGUGUAUAACGCAACUUUGGCAGGUCUGAAAAUGAUGUCUAUGUUUACAAUUAAAAUCAAUGAACAGACAGCAUACAAAUUGUUACAUCCUGCAUCACGAGCAACAAAUUUAGACAUUCCUGAAGAUGCCACGAGUUAUGAGUUGGCUGUCAGAUAUAGCUAUAAUUCCGAAGACAAGCGAUCUCUAAUUGAAUAUAUUGCCAUGAUCAAAAAUAUGGCUGGAUUUUUCAACUCCAACAUUUGUUUAAUACAAGAAUGUGUAGACAAGACGGUAUUUCUUGAAUUUCAGGCAUUCAUGCGAACAAACAUCAGCCAGUACUAUAACAGCGCACUCAAGAAGAAAAAGCCAGUAGCCACCCUGUUAAAAUAUAUUCGCGAUUCUGGCAUUGAUGGCGAUGUUAACGGCGAGACACCAGUAAAAUCAGGUAGUAAUAUGGACACGGAAACACUGCGAUCUGACCCUAUAUCUCCUAGUCAGCUUCAUUUUGUUCGCACAAUUAUGGACUUUAUAUUUAACGAAAAAUCAAAGGGGAUGAAAGGCAGCAUUAUCAAAGAAAAAACAUUCAAAGAUGCGCAAGUCAACGAAAUGCAAAAAUUCUUUGACGAGAGUUUCUAUUAUCUGCCCAUGACAAACCUUUCUGAAACCAUUCGUGAAUGCUCUGAUUUAUCCACACUGUGGUUCAAGGAGUUUUAUUUGGAACUUAGCAGACAAGUUCAGUUUCCUAUCAGCACAUCAUUACCAUGGAUUUUGACCGAGUUUAUAUUGGAAUCAAGUCAUGCGGACACCAUUCAAUAUAUGUUUUAUCCUCUAGACCUCUACAAUGAUGCAGCAUAUCGUACACUUUAUCAUCUCAAAAGUCGAGUUAUUUUUGACGAAAUCGAAGCAGAGGUGAAUCUUUGUUUUGAUCAGUUUAUGUUCAAGCUUGGACAGCGUAUAUUUUUGCACUACAAAAAAUUGGCAUCAAUGACAUUGCUUCCGUCAGAUUUAAAAGUAGAGAUAGAUUCAAACUAUCGACCCGAAGCACUAUUUUCAAACUCAUAUGUAUAUAUUAUGCAACAAUCCAAUUUGGAGCUUCUUGGACGCAGCAUCAACGUAUCCAAAGCGUUAUCUCAAAGUUUCAGUCAAUAUCUGCGACAAUCUAUUGAUGUAGCUAUUACGCGCUUUGAAUCAAGUGAUCUCUUGUACAUAUCAGAACUUGAUUCGUUAAUUAAGUGUGCACGUCUAACCCACGAGUUAAUUUCCAAGCACAUCGAAUUGGAACGAUUUGAAGAUAUCAUGGCCGAGUGUGACGAUUCAUUGUCACUGUCUGCAUCUAAUGGUCGUAUUAUGUCGCACGUUAUUCAUGAACUGGUGAAUGACUUUAUUCCCAAUUUUUGUUACAACUCAGUUACUCAAAGGUUUAUGAGAAGUCCUGUGUUUUACACUCAGCCAAUUCAAAGAUCACAUUUUCCUAAAACUAGACCAAUGUAUCUUUUUGGCUCAAAGGCACUCGCUGCAGCGUAUACAGCACAGCAUGUCAUUUUUAAAGAAUUCUUUGGAGAACCACACUUUAAAUGUUUAUUAAAUCUACUGACUUUUACGCAAAUUGGUUUUGUGGCUUCAGAAAUCACUCAUCAUGUGGAACUGCUGAUCCAGCAUACAAUGAACCCGUACAUUGAUGCUAUUUACACACGUAGUCCCAUGCAGGUGCGUUCACCCUCAGUUUCUGCAAGCCUAGCUGAAACUUUCGAGUAUUACAACCGAGAAUAUAAGCCUCUGAUUGCGUAUGGAGAUUUAAAAAGUGAAGUUCUUCAAGCAUUUCGCGAAAUUGGCAAUGCAACUGUGACUAUCAAGUCCAUCAAUGAUCAUAUUUCGGUAUAUAAUUCUUUGGCUAAGGUGUCAAUGCAGGAGUUUGUCGCUGCAGAAAACGGACAAAAAGCGUAUAUUGAUCUACUAUGUGACUUGGAGACUAAACUUCCGUUUGAAAACAUGAUGUUUCCACUUACACCCUGGUGUAAGGGUGUCUUGGAGCUUACGCAGACCACUUCUCACUCGGUAGAACACCUUAAAAGGUUUGUAAGCCAAGCGCGAUCUACACUGCUGCAAGUGAGUGGAAAUUGGGAAGUUGGAGCCGAUCACCUGUUAGUCAACCCAAAAGCGUUUGUGCACAUUUGGUCUGGAUUGGAGUUUGUUUUAUGCAUACCAACUUUGGCAGGAAACGAUCGUGUAGUUCGUGAGCUUUUUGGCGAUGGUCUCCUAUGGGCUGGGUGUCUAUUUUUACAUAUUCUGAACCAAGACGUGUUGUAUUCUGGAGUCAGUAUCAAUACACAAUUGCUUUCUAUGGCUCAAUCUGAACUAGGAGCUGGCUGGCCAUUUGGAACGUUGCAGCAGCAAGGAUCAAACAAACCGUUGGAUCAGAUCAACGCUCUUGAUCCUGAUUUAAAACGAUACCUGGAAGCAGCUUAUUUUUUCUCCAAUGUGAACGAAACAGCUUUUGCAAUCUUGAAAGCUCUUUAAAAAGCAAACUAUUUACAUUCCAUCCACCAAACUCAUUUUCUGAUAAUCUUCCAAUCUGGAACUUUUUAUAGCAAUCAAUAAAUACGACAAGGGAAUGCGCUUUUUAUUUUU